AAAAAACCACAGCAAUGCCAAACGAACCCUUAGAAAGUAAAUAAGGAUUGUCAAUAACAUAAUUAAACUCCAUUAGGGGUUCUUUUAAUUAAUUAAAUAUCUUACUUCCGAGUGAGUUUAAUAGAAAAGUAUAGAACUGCUAAUGGUGUUUGCGGUUUUAAUAUAUAGAACCGCUAUCAUCGAUAGCGGUUCUUUGCUGAACAAUAAUUUAAAAAUAUAUAACGAAGCUUCCACCAAUCUUACGUAGACAAUAUGGUGGAAUAAGUUUUCAUAACGAUACAAAUAAGAAAUUGAUUUAUAUUUUAAGCAAUUUUUAGGAAAAACGUUUGAAGACUUCUAGUUUGCUAACAAGUUGCCUAUAAUGAUAGUUGAGACAAAUUCACAAAACAAGACCAGAAAAAAAAAUAUACGAGCCACAACAAAAUUACAAAAUAAUUCAAAAGGUACUCCUAUAAUCAAGAGGCCUAGCAAAAUAAACUGUCAAACACGUUAAAACACCCAGAGACAAAUAUAUGAACAAAAGGAGAGAAUUUUAAAGAGUUACAAUCAAACAUAUAGUCCAAAUUAAGAGAACAUACUAAAAUUCUAGAAAAAAAGAAAAAAAAAAUAAUCAUAACUAUAGUCUAAAAUUUGGAACAAUUGAUAUCCAACAAAUACAUUGGAUUAAAUUGUCAUAAUUUACUCCAACUUAAUAAUCUCAUUAUCUCAACAAGAAAUACAACUUGUCAAUUCAAAAUUUAUUGUCAAAAUUGACAAAUAAUUAAAGUCGUCAAUAUUACUAAUCUCUAUUAUAGCAUGACACCCCGAUUAAUUUGACUAAACCCAUAUAACAACUUAUGAUAGUGGUACAGGUAUGAUAAUUAAUAAAGACUUCUUGUAAACCACAUUUGUUUUUGUUUUUGUUUUUUUUUUUUUUUUUUUUAUUAACAAGAUAUCACGUGAUUAUGUUUUCUAUUACACUCUCUAGUCGGUACAAUAUAUAGCCUCAAAAGGGAGCCAUGCACAUAAUGUUUAUAAAAGGGAAGGAGCCACUCCUUGACUAACAUCCAAAGUAGUGCAAAGUAUAAUUUUAGUCCAUAGCCAAUAAGAAAAACAGCGUAAAUGUGCAUCAAGUUGUCAAUAAAACCAGCAACAAUGCCCACUUGAUAGUUGAUAUUCAAGCAAUUAAAACAGCAAUUUUUUCAUACAAAAAGGCUAAUAACAAAGUUUCUGUAUCAAACACCUUAAAGAAAACAAAAGCAAAGAAGAGAAAAAAUGUGCAUAACAGCAUUUGCUUGGCAAGCACUCUCCCUCCACCCUUUCGUUUUGUUGCUCAACCGAGACGAAGAUCUCAACAGGCCGACGAAGCCACUAGGGUGGUGGGAAGGAGGAGAGAUUCUAGGAGGUCGAGAUGAAGUAGGUGGAGGUACCUGGCUUGCGUGUACUAAAAAGGGAAAGGUAGCCUUCAUUACCAACGUUUUGGAGCUUCAUACUCUUGCUGAUGCAAAAUCACGAGGAGAGUUACCUGUUCGUUUCCUGAAGGGUAAACAAAGUCCGAGAGAAUAUGCAGAGAUGGUAGCAGAAGAGGCUCACGAGUACAACGGCUUCAACCUGAUAGUAGCUGAUCUUCUCUCGAAAAGCAUGAUUUACAUAACCAACAGACCAAAAGGGGAAUCUGCCAGAAUUCAAGAGGUUCCACCAGGAAUCCAUGUCCUCACAAAUGGCAGGCUGGAUUCUCCAUGGCCAAAGGCAGAGCGCUUGGCACUAAAGUUCAAGAAAUUACUGUACAGAUAUGAUGAGGGUGAAAUACCAGUCAAAGAUAUGGUUAACAAAGUCAUGAGGGACACAAAAAAAGCUGAUGAAAGCAAGCUGCCUCAUAUUUGCUCACUUGACUGGGAAUUCAGACUGAGCUCUAUCUUUGUGAAAGCGGAUUCAACCUCGCGAUAUUCAUAUUAUUGCACAAGAAGCACCGCAGCAGUAACAGUGUCAGGAAAUGGAGAAGUAAACUUCUAUGAAACAUAUCUGGAGAAAGAAGUGUGGAAAGAGCACAUAAUUAAUUACUGCAUUGAAAAGCCAAAACAUGUAUAAUUCAUGGUAGCACAACCUAAACAGGAGAAAAGAUCCAGAUAUCAUUGUUUAUAUGAUGGUUUAUAAUGACUGAUGUGUAAGAGCAUGAAUAUACUCUCCUGCAAGAUCAAUUACAACUUCUGUAGCCUUUAUGCUGAAAUUGUUGAAUGAUUCCUGUUUUUUUUUCUUCUUUCCUUCCCCCUCUGGAGGGUUGUUCCAGCAAUGGCAGCAUAUAUGCUGCAAUUUUCCCUUAUUCUAAGUGAUGUAGUUGGGAUGAUGAUUUAGUUCUUCGUUUCUAUUUAAACUAAAAUUUAAAACUUUUGUCUGUGUCAAAAAAAAAAAAAAAAAUUGUCUAUUUUCCAUUAGUAUUAUUUCCAGAGACAGGUGCUCUUCUCUCUUUUCUCCCUAGUUUUCCAGGUGCAAAUUUUAUGGUCCAAAGUCCAAAAUCAAGUAUCAGUGAAAGAAAACACAACAAAAGCAGCAUUAUAUAAGUUGAGGUCUUACUCAAAAUCCAGGUAGAAAAGGCCAUCAAAAGGCAGGUCAGCACCCCUUUGGACGAAGUAUUUUAUACAAUCUAGACUCUAAAAUAUAGAAAAGAUGAGGCAACAUACUCCAUUGAUAUCUAAUUACAAAUGGGGGAAAAGAAACUGCAUCACUUGCAUGUGUAUAACCAAAAGCGAUAAACUAAAUUUAACGUGUUUAGGAGUCUCAGCUUUUAACUCACAUAACCAUCAUAAUUGUUGGUUCAUUAGGAGUCCCAGCUUUUAAGUCACAUAACCAUCAUAAUUGUUGGCCCAUGACUCAUGUCGCAGACUUGCAAUGACAUGAAUUCACUCAAUCGUAGUUUAUGAAUGUGAAUAUGAUAAAGACAACAUCAAAAGAUCAGGAGAGUCAUUAUUCAUUGAGCUUAUUUAUAGACAGAAGGUAUGUUUAGUUGUUGAUGGCUCGUCCUAAAAAUCUCCCUUAAUAAUCUAGAGAAGGAAAAGUGAAAGAAUCGGCACAAAAUUAGCCAGUAGACAGCCUAGCUAUAUCAUUUAAUAGUUAAUAAUAAAGCCAUUCAUUAACCAAUUACUACAAAUAUUA